AUGGCCGUUGCAAAACCCAAACCCUCCGACUCACCACGGAUCUACUACCACCAUCUCCCUCCAGAAGACCGACCCCAGAAUUACGUCAUCAUAUUACCCAACCACUCCUCAACUCAUCGCCGCCGCCAACGGCAGCGGAUCAUUCUCUGCACCACCACUCUCCUCCUCGCCGCCUCCGUCAUUUACCUCCUAUGGCCCUCCGACCCAUAUCUCUCCAUUGUCCGCCUUCACCUCGACCGCCUCAAAAUCCGCACUCGCCCACUUCCUUGCUUGGACAUUACAUUAGACCUCAUCGUCAAAGUCCGCAACAGAGAUUUUUACUCAAUUGAUUACGACUCCCUAACUGUUGCCGUUGGUUAUAGGGGAAAGCAGCUAGGGUUCAUCACAUCUGAUAAUGGGCACGUCAAAGCUAGAGGGUCUUCGUAUAUCAACGCUACGCUUGUGCUUGAUGGUGUUGGGAUUCUGUCUGAUGUGAUUUUUUUGCUUGAAGAUUUGGCUAAAGGUUCUGUUCCGAUCGAUACGGUUACCCAGGUCCGAGGUCAGCUCGGGUUGUUCUUCUUUGAAUUUCCUCUUAAUGCAAAGGUGUCAUGCGAAGUCUAUGUAAAUACGCACAACCAAACUGUUUUCCGUCAAAAUUGUUAUCCUGAGUGA